GUAUCGCCACGUUUGCGCGCAUGCGCAGUGCCCUCGCAGUUGUGUUCCGGGGUCGGUCUGUGUACACUGAAAAUACAACCAUCACAGUGUGCUUGUUUACCUCAGUUUUGACACAUUUAUUGUCCUGGCCACUGAGGGAGUGGAUACGCAGCUUCCUCUGAAGGGAGAGACGCUUUGAAUACGGCACCGAGAGGACGUGUGUGGAGAUGAACUUCUUCAGGGGAGUGAUGGGCGGGCAGGCAGCCGGGCCGCAGCCGUCAGGAGCGGAGACGAUCCAGAAGUUGUGUGACCGGGUUGCCUCCUCAACGCUCCUAGAAGACCGCAGAGAUGCUGUCCGGGCUCUGAAAUCCCUCUCCAAGAAAUAUCGCAUGGAAGUUGGCACACAGGCGAUGGAUCACUUGAUCACCAUACUGCAAACUGACAGAUCCGACUCUGAAAUCGUCGGCUAUGCAUUGGACACGCUUUACAACAUCAUCUGCAAUGAUGAGGAGGAAGAGCAAGAUGAAUCAGAAGAUGCUGUAACCCCUCUCCCUGCCUCAGGGAAGCAUAAGAAUGUGUCCAUGCCUGAUGAGAAUGCCCAGAAGCAGGCAGAUGACCUGGGUGCCCAGUUUACAGACAAGUUCAUAGAAGACCCGGAGCACAUCACCCUGCUGCUCACUCUGCUGGAGGAAUUUGACUUCCAUGUACGCUGGCCAGGGGUGAAGCUGUUAACCUCUCUCUUGAAAAACCAGGGCGUUCAGGUCCAGGGUAUCAUUCUGGUCAGCCCCAUGGGCGUUUCCAGGUUGAUGGACCUGUUGGCGGAUUCUAGAGAAGUCAUUCGCAAUGAUGGCUUGUUGUUGCUUCAACAACUGACUAAAGGCAACGCAGCCAUCCAGAAAAUUGUGGCAUUCGAAAAUGCAUUUGAGCGUCUCCUCGAUAUCAUCACAGAGGAGGGCAGCAGUGAUGGAGGUAUUGUGGUGGAGGAUUGUUUGUUGCUCCUCCUGAACUUGCUGAAGAACAACAGCUCCAACCAGAACUUCUUCAAGGAGGGCUCUUACAUCCAGAGAAUGAAGCCCUGGUUUGAGGUCGGCGACGAUAACUCGGGCUGGUCGGCGCAGAAGGUCACCAACCUCCACCUCAUGCUGCAGCUGGUGCGAGUCAUGGUGUCUCCAGUUAACUCUCCUGGAGCUACAGCCAGCUGUCAGAAGUCCAUGUACCAGUGUGGCCUGUUGCAGCAGCUCUGCACCAUCCUCAUGGCUACUGGUGUCCCUGCAGACAUCCUCACCGAGACCAUCAACACUGUUUCCGAGGUUAUUCGGGGCUCUCAGGUCAACCAGGACUACUUCGCUUCUGUCAAUGCUCCUUCAAACCCACCAAGACCAGCCAUCGUGGUGCUGCUGAUGUCCAUGGUUAACGAAAGGCAGCCCUUUGUGCUGCGCUGUGCAGUGCUUUAUUGUUUCCAGUGUUUCCUCUACAAAAACCAGAAGGGUCAGGGGGAGAUCGUGGCUACGCUGUUGCCCUCAACCAUCGAUGCAAACUCCAUUUCAGCCGGCCAGCUGCUGUGCGGCGGCCUGUUCUCAGCAGACUCUCUGUCGAACUGGUGUGCGGCUGUGGCGCUGGCGCACGCCCUCCAGGACAACCUCACUCAGAAGGAGCAGCUGCUCAGGGUUCAACUCGCCACCAGCCUGGGCAAGCCUCCCGUGUCCCUGCUGCAGCAGUGCACCAACAUCCUGUCCCAGGGUGAUAAGAUCGUCCGGCGGGGCAGUAAAGUGCAGACCAGGGUGGGCCUCCUCAUGCUGCUGUGUACGUGGAUCAGCAACUGUCCCAUCGCGGUCACGCACUUCCUACACAAUCAGGAAAACGUUCCCUUUCUCACUGCUCAGAUCUCAGAGAACCUGGGGGAGGAUGAGCGGCUGGUGCAGGGCCUGUGCGCGCUGCUUCUCGGCAUCUGCAUCUAUUAUAAUGACAACUCACUGGAAAACUACACAAAAGAGAAGCUAAAGCAGCUGAUUGAGAAGCGCAUCGGAAAGGAAAACUUUGUAGAGAAACUCGGCUUCAUCACCAAACACGAGCUGUAUUCACGGGCCGCCCAGAAGCCGCAGCCUGUCUUCCCGUCUCCAGAGCAGAUGCUGUUCGACCACGAGUUCACCAAGCUCGUCAAAGAGCUGGAGGGUGUGAUCACCAAAGCAGUUCACAAGUCCAGCGAGGAGGAGAAGAAGGAAGAGGAGGUGAAAAAGACAUUAGAGCAGCACGACAACAUUGUAACUCAGUACAAAGAGCUCAUUCGAGAACAGGACGCUCAGAUCCAGGAGUUGAAGGAACAGGUAGCUUCAAUGACAUCUCAGCAUGAACAGAUGCAAACUACAAUCACCCAGCAGCUGUCCCAGAUCCAGCAGCACAAAGACCAGUACAACAUCCUCAAACUAAAGCUAGGCAAAGAGAACCAGAGUCAGCCGAACAACCAGGGAGACAGCUCUCAGAUGAACGGGCUCCAGACAGAAGAGCUCUCCCAGCUCAGAGAGGAGGUCGAGGAGCUACGCAAGCAACACACACUCCUCCAGUCACAGCUCAGUGACAAAGACGCACUCAUCAGCAGCCUGAAGUCGGCACCUGCAGAGACAACGGAGGGAUCAGCAGAAGGACCAGACAACACCAAACUGCUUCAGGAGUUGGAUGAUUUAAGAAGUCAGGUCCAGUCCCAAUCUGCAGAAAUCGCCCAGCUGAAGUCAGAGCGACAAGAUCUGCUCAGAAAAGUUGAAGAUGGGGAGUCCAGCUCAGUCCCCAGCAGUGACAGCUCUCUAGAUGCUGCCAAGAUGUCAAAACUAGAGAACAGACUCGCAGCACAGACGUCCGAGACAGAGAGGCUGAAGGAGGAGGCGAAGAGCCUGUCAGACAGCCGGGCGGACAUGGAGCAGCAGCUCGCCUCGGCCACGAGCACAGUAGCCAUCUUGCAAACCGAGAAGACGAAGCUUCAAACUGAGGUCCAGGAGUCCAAGAAGGAGCAGGACGACCUGCUGAUGCUUCUGGCAGACCAGGAUCAGAAGAUCCACAGUCUCAAACAAAGACUUAAAGACCUGGGAGAGACGGUGGAAGAUGAGGACGACCUCGAUGCCAGGGACCAGACCGACGACGAGGAUGAAGACGACGACGAGGAUUAGUUUCACUGGAAGUAGACAAGGAAAGACUUGGUAGAAGCACCAGAGGAACUGAAGACCCAGACUAACAUAUGGAAGCAGUUUCUGAUCCCAGUGGCCAUGCUGUCUUCAUUCUUCUUCACCCAGUCACUUCACAUGUGUUUGUUAGAUUUCUCUGGAUUAUCUGUUGUUCCCAAUGAGGUUCUUCUUUCCAUGAGUUCAGUUUCCAGGAGUUCUGAACUCAUCAGUGCAUUCAUCUCUGCUCCGUUUGACCAUCACGUUUGAUUUUGCUGGUCUUGUGGCUAUUGUUAUUUAAUGUCGGAGAGUUUAUAAUCACAUCCAUAAAAGAAAAACACUAAAAGUCAGUUUUAACCCACAAGUUAUUUGGAAAACUUAGAGAAGAACGUAGAAAAAUGCAGCGAUGACCAGAUUUAGCAUCACUUGCUUUUUAUCUUUGGCUCAGGCUCUUCAAGCUGCCUUUUUCCCAUCAUGCACUGCUUCUGUCGCCAGUGCACCUGCAGUAUGCCACUGUGCUUUGCCCCAAAUUGAUCUGCCUUCACACCCAGAAAACCAUUUUGAGUUCUGCAUCUCACAGUAUUGACGCCUGAGUUGUUGUAUUUGCCCUUGAAGACUCAAUGUGACCGCUCCCUACAAUAUGCUGCAGAAACACUGACAGAAAACAUGUAGAAACAAAUAUUUUUGCAACCUUUUGUCAAAUACUGGCAUCCAGCUUCUGUAUGAUAUGUUGUAACUUAUCAAUUUAAGAGCCACAUUGAAAUGAAUAAAGAGUCUAUCUGUAUGCCUGUAUGGAGGAUUAAUUGUAGAUAAAUUAAAUUUUACUAAUCCACUGUGA